CGAGAAUGCAAUGCACGUUGCUACUUUAUCAUCGGGGAUGUGAUCAGCUGCGGCCACGGUGAUACGGUUUUCUGCGGACAAGACGUUGAAGAUUCAUGUUUCUGCAGGGAGGACCUCCAGCCGGUAGUCACAACAUACAUCUCGGAGUGUGUAUAUUCGAGUUGCUCGAGCAAUUUCAACGACUUGACCAGUGCGGUGGAUGCCUAUACUCAAUACUGCAAGCGGACUGGC